AUGAGUGAAGCCGAGGUUCGCCAGCGCAAGCCUCUCCCCCACCAGGAUACGACUGAGCUCCAAAAUCACUCCACGAAACCCCCCGUCGAGCCACGCCUUAAACAUGGCAUCCCCAUGCAAAUCGCCCGCUCCCUGGCCAUGGCUGCCUGGUUCGACUGCUGUUGCGUGGUCAUCUUCGUCACCCAGCUUGUCGGUGCCCCACUGUACUUGAUCAACAAGGAUUGGUACUACACGUACAUGGCCUAUACAAAACAGAACUUUGGUCUGGUUAUCACCGCUCUCACAGAGUAUGGCUGUCCAACUCUGUUCCGGGUUAGUGGAGACGAGAGCGUUCGGGGUCAGUUGCAUCUAUCCGAGGAUGGGAUGAUACAGACACAAUUCCCAGAGCGGAUGGUCCUGAUCGCCAACCACCAGGUAUAUACCGACUGGAUAUAUCUGUGGUGGAUCGCUUAUACGAAUGUCAUGCACGGCCGUAUCUUUAUCAUUUUGAAAGAAUCGCUCAAGUAUAUCCCCGUCAUGGGCCAGGGCAUGAUGUUCUACGGGUUUAUCUUUAUGGCCCGGAAGUGGCAGUCUGAUAAGCCCCGUCUUCAACAUCGUUUAGAGAAACUGAAGACGAAACUUUCGGGUUCCAAGUCUGGCAAGUCGCAGUUUGACCCUAUGUGGCUGUUGAUCUUUCCCGAGGGCACAAAUUUGUCACUUAAUACCAAGCGCCGGAGUGAUGAGUUUGGAGCGAAGCAGGGGUAUCCGUCGUUUAAGCAUAUGAUUUUGCCUCGCUCGACGGGUCUGUUCUUUUGUCUGCAGCAGUUACGUGGAACUGUGGAGUAUGUGUACGACAGCACGAUUGCCUAUGAGGGCCCACCAAAGGGGAGCUACCCUGAUAAAUACUUUACCCUCCGCUCUACGUACGUGCGAGGCCGGCCACCAACCUCGGUCAACAUGCACUGGCGACGCUUCGCCGUUGCGGACAUCCCCCUCGACGACCAAAAGGAAUUUGAUGAAUGGCUGCGUGCUCGCUGGGCUGAAAAGGACAAGCUCAUGGAUGAAUACUUUGAAACUGGGCGGUUCCCCUCCAACCUGGGCGGCUCCAUCGAGGCCAAGAAUGCAACCGAGGAGCAGAAAGUGGCCAUUGAUAAUGGUUAUGUAGAGUCCUACGUUCGGUUGCACCAUUGGGCCGAGAUUAUUCAGAUCUUCAUUGUCUUGCUUGGUCUUGCAUUUAUUUGCAGGUUUUUCUGCACAUGGUGUCGAUAG